AUGAAGGUUUUUAAUUUAAGUUGUAAAAAGGAAUAUAUACUUCUCAAGAAGUGGUUGAAAAAGGGCUACAAGAACAAUAAUUUAAAUCCAGCAGUGAUUCCUGAAACAGGAAGGGGAUUGAUGACAACAAAAAUGCUUCAGGUUUGUGAAGCUGAUUAUUCUUUGCCUGAAAAGUGCUUGCUUACUUCCAAUACUGUGCUUAACAGUUACCUCAGAGAAUACAUUUUAAAAUGGAGGCCUCCGAUUUCUCCUUUGAUAGCAUUAUGUUCAUUUUUAAUAGCAGAGAAGUGGUUCCAUAGGAAAUCUGUGUGGAAACCAUACCUGGAUCUCUUACCUGAAACAUACACCUGUCCUGUUUAUUUGGAGCAAGAAACAUUGAACCUUUUUCCUGAGCCCUUGAGAAGAAAGGCUCUCGAGCAACGAUCAUUGAUCCAGGAUCUUUUUGCUUCUUCAAAGCAAUUCUUCUCUUCUUUGCAGACUUUAUUUCCUGAAGAUGUGGAGAUUAUUUUUAACUUCAGUGCCUUCCAGUGGGCUUGGUGCACUAUAAAUACAAGAACAGUGUUUAUGAAACAUUCACAGAAAGACUGUUUUUCUAGAGAGCCAGAUAUUUAUGCUCUAGCUCCAUUUCUGGAUCUGCUAAAUCACAACCCAAAGGCCCAGGUGAAAGCUUCGUUUAAUGAAAAUACAAAAUGUUAUGAAAUAAAAACACACCUGGGCUAUCAGAAAUACAAAGAAGUAUGUAUUUCUUAUGGCCCUCAUGACAACCAGCGACUACUUCUAGAAUAUGGUUUUGUUGCUUCUGAUAAUCCUCACAGCUGUGUGCACGUUAGUACAGAUACAUUGCUUAAAUAUGUUUAUUCAGAAGACAAACAGAAAUCUAUGAAACUUUCCAUUUUACAAGAGCACAAGUUAUUAGAUGAUCUGACAUUUGGCUGGGAUGGACCAUCUUGGACACUUCUUACAGCCCUUAAAUUGUUAUGUCUUGAAGCAGAUGAAUCAACUUUGUGGAAAAAGGUAGUGCUUGGAGAUGUUGUUUCAAGGAAGAAUGAACAAAAGAGUGUGGCUUUUGCAACAAAAAUAUGUACGUCAUUGAUGGAAGAAACUCAGCAUGUACUUCAGAAGGUUUCAAAUUUAAAAAACCAUUAUGAACAUCUUGUGAAUCAACUGACUUUGGUGGAAGCAUUACAUACAGAAAAUCUAAGAAUCCUGCAGCUUUCAUAUGAAAUUCUUCAGCAUUUAUCCUCCACAACCAUUUAAUUUUCCAAAACAAAAUUGUACAAGUUUCUGCAACAAUAAAACAAUUUAAUAUUCAAUGUCAACACUUUGCAUAAUAUAAACAGAAAAAAUAAACAAACUAAGAAUGCAUAGAUAUUUAAAACCCUUUAAUUAGGACUGCAUUAAUCAGAAAGAAAACGGACUAAAAUAUUUUAAAAGGGGCAACCAUGAGGCAAUCUGUAGCCUAAGUGAUAAUUUAGAGCAUGGCUGUCACACUCCUGGCCCGCGGGCGGGAUGUGUCACACGUAGGCCACACCCACACCAAGUGUAGUGAAGGAAAAAUAUGUCAUGUAAUGCCGUCCCUUAUUUAGAGCAAUGUUUCUUAUCCUUCCCACUUUUAAAACAUAUAGAGGUCAUCAAAAAAGUUUGUUUGCAUUGACUAUAUUUACCAUUGUUUAGCAUAUUAAAAAUUAAAAUUGAUGCAUUUGCUGA